GGAGUUUGAUGUUUUUUGCGAAGAGCAUGGAAUAAAUCAUCAAUUAAUAGUGAAGUACACACUACAGCAAAAUGGUGUUUUUGAGAGAAAAAAUAGGACAAUGAUGGAAAUGGCUAGAAGCAUGCUUUUUGAGAAGAAUUUGCCUAAGAAGUUUUGGGCAGAAGUAGUGCAUACUGCUAUUUAUUUGCUUACUGGUCUUCCAACUAGAGCUGUUGAAGCAACUAGAAGAACCAAGUUGGAUGAGAAAUCUGAGAUGGGAAUUCUAGUUGGUUAUGCAACACAGUCAAAGGGAUGCGAAAUUUAUAAUUUGCAGUCUCGAAAAGUGAAAAUGCAUAGAGAUGUUUUAAUUGAUGAAUCUGCUUCUUGGAGUUGGGAUGAUAAAAACAUUAUUAAGGAGUCUUCUUCUCAAUUAAAUGAAGACUUGAAUGUUGAACAAAGUAUAGCUUCUACUUCUAGACACCAAAAUGUUGUUGAAACUGAUGAUGAUUUACCCCCUUUGAAGGUAAAGUCACUUGAAGAUGUGUAUGCUAGGUGCAAUUUGGCUACUUUUGAUCCAACUUGUUUUAUUAAGGCUUCAAAACAUGAUGAGUGGAUGGCUGCUAUGAAAGAAGAGCUGGCUAUGAUUGAAAAGAAAAGAACUUGGUCACUUUGUCCUAGACCAAAAGGUAAAAAUGUGAUUGGGGUUAAGUGGGUUUUUAGAACAAAGCUUAAUCCUAAUGGUUCAAUAAACAAGUACAAGGCCAGAUUAGUGGUUAAGGGAUAUGCAUAGCAACAAGGAGUAGAUUUUUCUGAGACUUUUGCACCAGUUGCAAGACAUGAUACUAUCAAACUGUUGCUUGCUAUUUCUGCUAAAAUGGUUGGAAGGUUUACCAUAUGAAUGUGAAAUCUACUUUUUUGAAUGGUUUUUUGGAAGAAGAAAUCUAUGUUGAGCAACUGGAGGGGUUCUUUGUUCAUGGAAGUGAGGAUAUGGUUUAUAAGUUUCAUAAGGCUUUUUAUGAUCUAAAACAAGGUCCUAGGGCCUGGUAUAGUAGGAUUGAUGCCUACUUAAUGCAGCAAGGUUUUAGGAGAAGUGAAAAUGAAGCUACUUUGUACGUGACAGACACAAAUGGUGAUGUAUAGCUUUUGGUUUCACUCUAUGUUGAUGAUUUUCUGAUUACAAGUUCUGAUGUUUAGGCUAUGGAGCAUUCUAUGCUUGUUAUGAAGAAAGAGUUUGACAUGUU